AUGGGUGAUGCCUUCGAUAUCUGGACCGAUGGAAGCUUUUUUUGCUACUGGGAUUUAUGCGCUGCUGCACCAGGCUGUGAACAUGAGUACUUUACAAUGGAAAAUGUACUCGAUUUACUAGUACAGUUACUGGAACAGGCCAGCUGCAAGGGAUAUCUGGAUGAGGAUGCAGAGGUAAAGUCUUUGCUUUCUUUUAGUUCUUCAGACAGGGCGCUUGAAAUGUAA